AACGCCAUAUUGAAAUAUUUUCCUUUUCCUCUUUUUCCUCUUAUCUCAACAGCAGCCAUCAACACUGCGUUUCCUGGUGGAUUACUAAGAACAAACCUCACAAACAUGGAGAUCGACACUCUUCUAGAGGCUUUGAAAGAUUUCGAGAAGAAAGGGAAAAAAGAAGUCUCUCUCGUGUUGGACCAGUUUCUCUGCCAUGUUGCCAAGACUGGUGAAACUAUGGUGUCAUGGUCACAAUUUAAAAGCUACUUUCUGUUCAAACUGGAGAAAGUAAUGGAGGACUUUAGAGCUUCGGCCCCGGAGCAGAGAGGGCCUGCAAACCCAAAUGUUGAGUCGGUUCCAUUUGAAGAGAUGAAGGAGAGGAUUUUGAAGAUAGUCAACGGAUACAACGGAAUUCCAUUCACUAUCCAGCGCUUGUGCGAGCUCCUCACAGACCCUAAAAGGAACUACACGGGGACAGAGAAGUUCCUCCGAGGUGUUGAGAAGAAUGUGAUGGUGGUCAGCUGUGUGUAUCCUACUUCAGAGAAAAAUGGCUGCAGUGGUGUCAACAGAAUGAACGGAGUCAUGUUGCCGGGCAACGCAUCUGUCUUCACUGACAGAAAGGUGAAUGGGCCAGGCACCCCCAGGCCGCCAAGCAGACCCAAGCUCUCCCCAUCCAGUUCGCUCGCCACAAAUGGCCUGCCAGACAUCACGGAAAACAAGGAGUUGAGCACAGCACCGGUCCACAGCAAACUCAUCAGCGAAGCACCCCUGCCUGGCUUUGGUGUCCCUCUAAGCAGCUCUGUCAAGAACAAGCAUACGGACGAGGAGGAAGGCAUGGAGGAAGAGCAUCACGAGGUGAAAAGGCUCAAAUUUAGUGAGGACAGUGGCAAAGAGGAGGAGGAAGAGGAGGAGGAGGAAGAGGACGAUGAUGACGAAGAAGGCGGCGAGGACGAGCUAUGUAGCGAGGCAACCAGAGUGGUGAUGGCCAGUAGCGCGGCAGACGUGGGCGGUGCCGAUUCACCGACGUCCAUGAUGCAGGGCAAGGACGACAGGUGCAAGGAGGAGGUGGAGAGCACAGCCGCCACUUCGACAGCAGCCUGCGAAGAGCAAGAACCCUCGAGCACGCAGUCCGACUGUGCACCGUUGGGAGACCGAGAAGGGCACGACGAGCGUGAAGUGCCCUGCGGUUCAGCCCCCUUUGCUGAGGAACCCAGUGACAUGGACCAAUCGGAGCAGAGAGCUCCGGCGUCUAGCCCAGAGCUGCGGGAAGGGGAGGAGCCCAGUGAGCCAGUUAGUAGCACCAGUAGCAAAGGGAACGGUGCCAGCAACAACGAAACCGCCGGCGGCCUCCCCCCCAGCUGCAGUAGUGCCGACUUGCCUACAGAGGGCGAUGUGGACUCGGGGGAUCCAGACUCGGAGAGCACAGAGGAGCCCAUGGACCAGGACUAAGCACUGGCCGAGCGCGGACUCCGUAGCACAAACAGCAACCAGCGUGCGCUCGCGUGGCAACUUGAGAAGAACACACUAACGAAUUGGGAGUGGCCCGAAAAGUGGUCGCCAACCCCGCCACCCUGCGCCAUUUAGGUCCAGCAUCUCCUACCUUCUCCGACUCUUUCCCCUCCGAAUGGACACACUGUGCUGGGGUACAUUUUUUCAGUUUUUAAAUUGAAAGUUUUAAACUACAAGGUUCUUUUUCUACACUGUUUUCCCCCUUUCUAGUUCCUUCCAGUGCAGUUGGACUUCACAGGCAUUUUCUUCUAAUUGCUUUUUGUUGAAACAAAGAAGAGACAGGCUGUCGUCUCCCCCCCUUUUUUUUUCUCCAUGUCUUCUGCGCAGGCUGUAGGAGUGGAAGGACUCUGGAGGGUAACCCCACCCUUCUUAACAUCACUGUUUUGAAUUUCAGUAGUUCGGUUAGCUACAUAGACCCAAUCUCCAGGGCAGUAGUGGAGAUCUUCUCCUUGCUUAUGCAGUUUCUCCAAAGACCCAUCACUUACUAGAGUAAGAAAUGACAACCCAAGCAAAUGCAAGCCAUAGUUAUAAGUCCAUGUUUUAUUUUGUCCUUCCAUGUAGUUUGUUAUAAAGGGUUGUUUCUCACCCGUCAGCUUGACGCAUAUGGAUCUAUGUGGAAUGUCUCAACUGUGUGUUAGAUACACAGCAUCCUUGUUUCUCCCUUGUAUCUUUUUGUUCCUCAUUUUUUUACUCUCGCUGUUGCUACACCAUAGAUUAUACUGAAGGAGAGAGUUUAAUAUAAAAGGUACAUAUAUUUAAUGAAACAUUUCAAAUGAGUCAUUUUGACUUUUUUUUGGUUGAUUUUGACUAAUAAUUUAUGAACAUUUUCCUUGAAUCACUAUUUUUGAGGUGUGUGUGUGUGUGUGUGUGUGUGUGUGUGUGUGUGUGCGCGUGUGUGUGUCUAUACCAGGUUGUCUCACCAGUAACAGCUAGCUGCCCCCACUGCAGCUGUACUGUUUUGAUAUUUAGAAUUUUUACAUUUCUGUAGGAUUUUGUAGGGCAUUGUGUUCACUGCUUUUUGUGACUCCAUAUAUAAUUGUAAGGUUUCUGUGUAUACUGAAUGCGUGUGCUUUCAAUGCAGUAUUCAGGUGAAGCAAUAAAUGUUCUGGUUUUAAAUGUG